AUGCCUUCCAAAGUCUUUCUAACUGGCGGCACAGGCUACAUCGGUGGCUCAGUCCUGCACACAAUCGCAACCUCGCACCCAGACUGGUCCAUUACCGUGCUCCUCCGUCGCGUGCCUCCGAAUUUCACUUCCUCCUACCCAAACAUCAAGAUCGUCAACGGCGACUACGAUAGCACAGACCUCAUCUCCAGCGCCGCAAAGGAAGCCAACAUAGUCGUUCACUGCGGCGACUCAGAUCACGAAGCCUCCCUUCAAGCGAUCAUCGCUGGCCUCCUCCGCCGCACAACACCAGGCCAUCUCAUCCACCUAUCCGGCACAGGCAUCGUAUCUGACUGGGCAUCUCCCUCCCACCUCGGGACCCUCAACCCAAAAGUCUGGUCUGAUCUCGACCCCAAGGAUCUUGAGGAGGUUCGCAGCCUACCCGACAACGCACUGCACCGCAACACGGAAAAGAUCCUGCACGAUGCUGUACGCAGAUAUUCGGACAAACUUCACAUCGCUAUCAUCUGCCCACCAGAUAUCUACGGCCGCGGCAAGGGAUUGGUGAAGAUGCAGAGUGCGCUCAUUCCGCUUUUCGUUAAAGAGAGUAGAGCGCUGGGGAAGGUGUUUUAUUAUAACGAUGGCGCGAAUGCGAGGAGUUGGGUCCAUAUCGAUGACCUCAUGCGUUUUUACUUACAUGUCGUAGAGGCUGCGGCAGCAGACGAUCCGCAAAUCACAGAGCAAUACUUUGGUGAGAAUGGGUACCACUUUGCGUCGACACAGGAACAUUCUCAUAUCGAGGUCGCAGCUGCUGUUGGAAAAAUCCUGACCGAACGGGGUAUUAUUGAGGAUGCAGAGCCGGUGAGGGUUGAGCUGGAGACGCUUGAUGGUAUGGCUAAUAUACCGGGGUUUCCGAAGUUGGCGAGGUAUUUGUAUGCCUGUAAUUCGCGGACGGAGGCGAGGCGCGCGGAGAAAUUGUGGGGGUAUAGGGGGGAGGCGGUGGGAUUGAUUGAGGGGCUUGAGGGGGAUGUGAGGGAUGCUUUGGGUGGAGGUGAGAGAUAA